AUGCACUCGUCGACUGAACCAACAGCCAAGGUUGCAGUCCCCGGCAUGGCCUUGCCAGGCGCGAAAGAGCCAGCCAUGGCGCUAGAAACCAUCCCAAGGGCACUGACUGCUUCUGCUUUGGUUGUCCCAGGGCGGCAUGGCGGCGGCAGCGGCGACAUCCCAGCGGCGACGGCGGCGGCGGCGAGUCGCUCGUCCGGGAAUCCUGCUGCGGAUCCCUCCGGAAGCAGCGGCAGCAGCAGUAGAGCGGGACAUGACUAUUGCAGCCAAUUUCGGGUGCUGGCUGCGCUCCCGGCGGCGGCCUCUCCCGCCGACAGCGGCACUAAUAGACUGUCACGGUCGACGUCUUCCGUGCUGGGUAAGCUGCCGAGCCCUCGCGGUCUCGACGACGACGAAGACGACCAGGGGGGAUCGCGCAAGAAUCGUCGGCCCCGCCGCUCGUUCAGCUGCCCUAGUCAUAAAACGGCCAAGCUUGCAACGGACGACAGAAUUUUUUCCGGUCCCGGGUGCUGCAGCGGCGGCGGCAGCAGCAAAACCGCGCUGCUGCUCGAGAACGCGGUCAACAACCUCUUCGGCGGCGUCAUCGCCAGGUUCCAGCAGGGCCUACGUGCCGGCGACUACAAUGACGGAGACUUGGCGGCGAAGAACGGCCACAUGCAUAUCGUGACGCGUGUGGCGACCACGUUCUCCGACCGGGCGAUGGCGCUGGCCGCGGCGCAGGGACACCUCGAGAUGGUCGCCUACCUCCACCGGAGUAGGGAGGAAGGCACGACGACGGAGGCGCUGGACUCGGCCGCGACGUCGGGGCACCUGGAGGUGGUUAGGUUCUUGCACGAGAACCGGCGGGAGGGUUGCACGACGAGGGCCAUGAACGGAGCCGCAAGCAACAACCACUUGCACGUGCUCGAUUUUCUGCAAAAGAACCGCUCGGAAGGCGCAACGGCGGCAGCGAUCGACUCCGCCGCCCACAACGGGCACAUCCAAGCCGUGCGAUGGCUCACCUCCAACAUCCCGUCCCUCGCCGCCACCGCCGCGGCGAUGGACGGUGCCGCCUGCGCCGGCCACCUGGAGGUCGUGAAGUACCUGCAUGAGGCUCGUGGCGAGGGCUGUACGACGGAGGCGAUGGAUGCGGCUGCCCGGAGAGGCCACUUUGAGGUGGUGAAGUUCUUGCACGAGAACCGCGAGGAAGGGUGUACGACUGCCGCGGUGGACAACGCCGCCUCUGGUGGACACUUGGACAUCCUCAAGUUCCUGGUGUCCAACCGCGGCGAAGGCGGCACGGUGUACGCGAUGAUCCUGGCGGCCUGGCACGGCCACCUGGACGUGGUGAAGUGGCUUCACCACAACCGUGACGAGGGAUGCACGACCAGCGCCAUGAACGGAGCGGCGUACAACGGGCACCUCGAUGUGGUCAAGUGGCUGCACGAACACCGGAGCGAGGGGUGCACGAAGUCGGCGAUGGACGUGAGUGCCAUGCACGGCCACUUGGAGGUGGUGAAGUGGCUGCACGAGAACCGUCCCGAGGGCUGUUCCACGAACGCCAUGGAUUGGGCCGCAAAGGAGGGGAAGCUGGAGGUUGUCCAAUGGCUGCACCACAACCGGUCGGAAGGGUGCACCCAGGCGGCCGGUGAUUGGGCGGCUGGAAACGGCCACGCCGAAGUCCUCGCGUGGCUGCUCUCCAAGCGGCGGGUAGGGCACAGCCCUCGCGCCGCUGACUGGGCGACCAAGAAUGGGUACUCGGACACGGUGGCCCUCCUCGAAGAAUACCGAGGGAGACAACAAUGGUAGAUUGCGCCGAAAUGUCCACAUUUUCGACGAGACCUGCACGAUACGGGGGCCCUCCUGACACAAGAUCGGAGAGCGACGACAACAACGGUGGAUGGUAUCUGGGUGAGACGGCUGCUACAUUUUUCGAAGGUUUUUUUGGGAGAGAGCGGCCCUCCUGGCAACGAUCGGAGAGCGACGAUAACAACGGUAGAUGAUAUCUGGAUGAAACGGUUGCGACAUUUUCGACGCGAUAUUUCGCUCGACCGCUUUACCACUACUAGACCUAUUCUUUUUGUGUUUGGUGUUUUUUUUUUUUUUACCGGCCGUUUCACUCUUGCCGGCGGCAGCGAGUCCUCCACCUUUUUGCUGGGUUUAGACUAACAGGGGUUUGGGUUUUUUCGGACGGGAACGGCCUUGACUCAGGCAGCACCAUAGCUCGGAAUCCGGGAGUGGGGGUCGGAUUUGUUUCUUAGACCUGCGUUGGAACCGCAGUGUUCUUGGCAUCACGAUUCGCCGGUGGAGGAACGUUUUUCAAGGUGCAUGUUUGAUGCAAGGACACGACUGACCUCUCCACCUGAUUUGUAUGGUAUACCCAUCCCUGGAUAUUUGACUGUAUUGUCUACGAAUUUGAGCCCAUAGCUCAAAAUUCUUGUUGGUAUAUAUGGCUGAUGGGAGUAACUACGAUUCCAUCAUGGAGCAGAUCACUCUAUAGCAGUGACUCAGCUGUGUAAUCCAACUUGUGUGUUUAUUGGGCAUCCAUCCGUGAAAGAGGUGAAAGCCGCUACUGCUUCUCUAUGACGUUCUAGUACCGGAAGGAGAGCAGUACUAAGUCAGUCUUGGAUUGAUGGGUGAUUGUUUGCGUUUUAUUCCAAUAUUUAGACGUACUCGUUGUGGUUUUCGUGUGGGGGCUCUAGCCCCACACGCCGGGUGAUUCAGGAGGCAAGGCAUGUCUGUUACGGUGCGGAGGAAGGCAGCGUGGAAUCGGCCGGUGCUUUGGUGGGACUUUCUGCUGUGUUGUUUGCACGUUGUUUUUUGCGUUGUGGCUCUUACCAAUACCUCUUGCGCGGGACAGGAAACCUAAUUCCCUCUUUGUGGUGCGUUAUUUGUCUGUGUUUUUCUGUGCGUAGGGUGGCGUUGAGAGCGAAUUAUAUCUACAUUUGGGCUUUUGCAUUCUAGAUCAGACUACAAACGUAGAGCGGGCGGGGAUUGAUCUCUUUUUCUUCUUGUUUUUAAUGGAGCUCUGGCCCAGAUCGACGUGGUUACUCUCGGGUUUUGCAAGCCAUGCCGGCGAACACCUUUGAAGCUCUUCUUCGUUCGUACCAUAUAGAUGUCUCUUUUCUGUAGAUGACGGAGUUCAUUGCGCCCACGCGUCUUGUGUGACAUGUGAUGAGUGUCACUCAUCGUGUCGCGAACAUGGGCGGGUGAGUUUGCGUGUACUGCAAGUUUUUUCUGUGUUAUCUUUUCGUUUCGGCGCGUUGUGUGUCGAACAAGAGCAGCGCUCUCCUCACAAUAUGUGCUUGGAGCAUGUUUGUAUAGUCUACAUCAGUUGAAGCCCGGAGACAAGAAACAUCAAUUCACGAGGCGGCAAAUACAGUAGUCUAGGCUUCUUUGGUGGCGCAGCUAUCGAAGGCGGAAGUUGUUGUCGGAGUAUGUGUGUGUUCCAACUGCUGAGCUGGGUCUGUCUGUGUUUCUCAGUCAUCAUUUUUUUCUUGUGUUUUGCGACAAGUUUUUUUUCUCCUUCGUCCUUAUUCUGAUGACGUUGCGAGCGCCAACUUGUAGAUAGUGAGCGAGGCUGAGAGGGGCGCAUUUGGGGUGAGGGUUAGAUUUUCUCUCACUGACUUUACUGCAGCAAUACGGUACACUCUAGACGUCGUGUACUUGAGUGAAUAAAAAUGGUACAUUAGAGUAUUACUACUCUAGUGGAGAGGAGCUGGUACAAUUUUUUCGCAGAGGCUAAACGAAUACUGCGAAGUACUACACGUAUGUAAUGCAUGGACUUGAUAAAAUUUUCGAGGAGAAAGUUUGAGUUGCG